GUUGACUUGGAUAUAUUCUCACUAGUUGCCGCAUACGUAGGCCGAAAAGGGGAAGCCGAGGAGCGUUGGGAAGCGAGACAGAGCGAGGUUUAUAAUAUACAGCAGGCAGGGCGGCGAGGAGAGCGCGCCCAGACCUAGCGAGCGAGCGAGCGAGCGAGCGAGAGAGAGCAAGCAAGCAGCAGCAGCAGCAAAACGGCGGCGAAAAACGACGGUUGAAGGCGCGACGAGUGCGACUUUUAAUAUACGUGAACGGGAGUAACUCAGCAAUCGAACGCGCUCGCUGCACAGCUGCAUCGUCGUCGAGUCGGCCGUCCUUUUUGGCGUCGUCGUGUUUUAACCCAAAAUUUUUCACCUUUUUCACAUUGUGGAAAAACAAGUACAUAUAAAGGAUCAUCAAGUCCUCCUGCCUCUCGAUGCUGUGCGAAUUCGUUCCAAACCCGAAGCCAAUCUCACAGUUCAGCUAACGUUUGCCCAAUAGACGUAAACUAAACGUGUAUACACACACGCACCCGUCGUCGACUCGUAUACACAUACGUGCUAACAUCGCUUGGUUGUUGUUCCUGUGCUCCUUGGGCUUUGUGAUUUGUUUAUAUCGCCGACUUGUGUAAACAUGGCGCUGAGAAAUCGUGCUGUUAACUUGAACGUUGCCAACCAGGAAAAUGUCAAGAAUGUAAAAUCCAUGACUUUGGCGGGCAGCCAGACGAGGCGAGCUGCUCUUGGUGAAAUCGGCAACAAAGUCAUCGGUCUACGGACGAACGAUGUUACCGGCAAAUCUAGUCAAAUUGCGAAGGAUAAAGUAAUCCUGAAAAAGCCCAUAUUGACCACCAAGCCAACUGCGGUCAAGGUCACCAAAGUUGAAAAAACUGACAAAGUUGUUGCAAGAAAGGAGAUUGUCAAGCCAACGGUAGUUGCUCCGAAAAAUGCGAUUAAAGUCGAUGUUCAACCGCCGACCGUAAAAGUCGAAAAAAAUGAGGAGAUUGAAAAAUUAGUUGAACCUAAGAAAGAAUCUAAUGCAAUCAAUUGUAAUAAGGUGGAUUCCUUUUCUUCCGAUCAAAUCUUGAUUGAGGACAUUGACGAAGAAGAUAGAAAAAAUCCCAUCCUUGUUUCUGUAUAUAGCAACGAUAUUUAUACUCAUUUGAGAAAUCUUGAAGCACAGUUUCCUAUAGCUGAAGGGUUUUUGCAAGGUCAAGAAGUCACCCCUAAGAUGAGAUGUGUAUUGGUUGACUGGCUUAUUGAGGUUCACGAACAGUUCCAUCUGAUGCAAGAAACAUUGUACCUGACAAUUGCGAUAAUUGAUCGUUUUCUUCAGAAAUUCAACCUGAUUACUCGUAAAAGGUUGCAAUUAGUAGGAGUAACUGCUAUGUUUAUAGCUAGCAAAUAUGAAGAAAUGUAUUCUCCAGAUAUCAGCGACUUUGUGUAUAUCACCGAUAAUGCUUACACAAAAGCAGAAAUUAUUCAAAUGGAAAUGCUGAUCAUUAAAACUCUUGAUUAUUCAUUUGGCAGGCCACUGCCAUUACAUUUUCUCAGGCGUUACAGUAAAGCUGGAAAGGCACUGCCAGUACAUCAUACACUGGCAAAAUACUUUUUGGAGCAAGCUUUGGUUCAUUAUGAAGUCUGCCAUCAUCCACCUAGUCUAAUUGCUGCAGCAGCUAUAUAUCUGUCUUUCCUCCUACUUGGAAAUGAAAAUCUGCAAGACGGAGAUGCUAUCUGGACGAAAACACUUGUUCACUACAGUACGUACACAAUGAGAGAGGUUUUACCUGUAGCAAAAGAAAUGGCGACUAUUAUGGUAAAUGCCGAUAAGAGCAAGUAUCAAGCAGCACGGCGGAAAUACACACAUCCUAAGCAUAUGAAAAUUAGUCUUCGUCCUGAACUUAAGCGUUCAACUUUGCUCACCUUGGCAAAUUAUAAUAAUGAAGCUCAGAAAUGAGUUAAAGUGACAUAUUUUCUUUCAAAUGUAAAAUAGUUAAAUGAAGUAUAUACUAGGUUGCGUAAGAUACCAUUCUGAUUGGGUGACUUUGUUGGUGCCAAUAGGCAAAAUUGAAUUUGCAACAUUAAAUCCUGUUUUGGUGCCAAAUUUUAAAAGCAAAUCCUCAGGGGAUCAAAUUUUAUGUUGAAACAAUGAUUUUUAAAAAAAUCUAAAGUAAGAGUCUCUAAUAGAGCAGUCAUAAGUGUUUGGUAGAUUUAAUUUUUGUCGGGUGUUUUCAAUUGAAUGUUUUUAAUUCCUCACUUUAAAUCUUAAAAUUAUACUACAUUUCAUCUUUUGAUAAAUAUUAUACAUAAAAACAUUUCGCGUUCUACUAGCAUGACUAAAACCUUGUCAAAAUUAUUAAUCUUUAAUGAACCCAAACGCUAAUGAUCAAUGUUACUAAAAUCUAUUUCGUUUAGUUGUAAUUAAUAAGUUAUAUCCACUAAAUUGAAAAUGACUAGAGUGUCAUCUUUACUAGAGGUCGGAAAUGACCCAUAAAUUUUUACGUGAUAGCUUGAUAACUUUUUAUAUAUUUUCAACAAAUUUAGUAUAAUUUUAUUAGUAUAUACUCAGAUAUUUUUAAUCAAAAUAUAGAGGUAAUUACGAAGGUUUUUGUAUUCAGAUAUUAUAAAUUAAUUUUUUAUUAACUCAAUGCAUAUUUAUUACUCACCAAGUCAAUAUAUUAAGAAAAAUAUUUUGAUAAAAAUAUUUGUUAUUUGGUCACUGAUUUUUUGAUUAAGAUGUUUUUGAAGUUCAUAAUUGAACAUACAGCGGCAGGAAGUCGAUUAUAACUUGGUUGACUAAUAUAUUUCCAGACAGUAACAUUUUUAGUGUCACAAUACAUGUUAUUUUUGCGAAAAAAAAUAAAAUUUUAAUUCUCAAAAUUUACUUUGACUAAAUUCAUCUUCUUAUAUUGCAGUAUAAAUACGAAAAGAAAACUGGAAAGAGUAAGCUUAAUAUUGUAUAGUUGCAUUUUGGAUUUAUUAAUAUGAGUGAACGAACACGUUAUACAGAGUGUGAGAAAACGCCAACACGUCAUAAUGUAAAAUAUCUCAUGUAAAUAAAGCGUAAGCGUAUAAAAUUA